GGAGCCAGCCGCGCGCCCCUCUCGAGCCCAGUCGCAGCCUGGAGCGGUCGCGGACGGAGCGCACCUCGCAGCUGCGUCGAGCGGAGCUGCGUGGCUCAGGGUUCCCGACCAACUGCCCCGCUUCCCGCUCCCUGUGCCCCCGGUAGCUCUUCCGUGGAGGCGACUCUGCGGAAGGGCUAGCGGUCCUACCCCGGGCGACCCGAUACCGAGCUGCUGCUCAGCCCAGCCCCGUCCCACCCUCGCCGGCCCGCGGCGCCCUGAGAAACGCAGCCAUGGGCUUCCGAGCCACGCUGCGUGUCGCCACGCUCCUGCUGCUCCUCAGGACCUGGCUCGUGGACACCAACAAGCGCAGUCCCAGCCGGAACUCGAACUUCUCCCGAGUGCCCAAAGACUUACUGGACAUCUUCAACUGCAAAAAUUGUGCAAAUCACGCCACUGUUCGAAACAUUUUGGACAGGACGCUGUCGAACUAUGAUGUCCGACUGAGGCCCAAUGUUGGAGGUGCCCCUGUGACCGUGAACGUUGGUAUCUAUGUCGCCAACAUUCGUGAGAUCUCGAAUAAGAAUAAGGACUACGAAAUCACGUUGUACUUUUAUCAGACCUGGAAGGAUUCGCGCCUGGCAUAUCAUGAGACCAACCUGAACUUGACCCUGGAUUACAGCAUGCAUGAGAAGUUGUGGGUCCCUGACUGCUACUUGCUGAAUGACAACGACGCUUUUAUGCAGGAUGCAACUGUGGAGAAGCGCGUGUUUCAGCUUCACCCAGAUGGAACUGUGCGGUAUGGCAUCCGGCUCACCGCCAUAGCAGCCUGCUCCCUGGAUCUGCGUAAAUUCCCCGUCGGCAGGAAGACAUGCAAGCUGGAGGUGGAGAGCAGUGGCUACACUGUCGAAGACGUCAUAUUAGCCUGGGAUGACAAUGAGGUCGGCACCCACACGACUGAGGAGCUGAAAUUCCCUGAGUUUAAUUUCUACAAGAAGGUGAUUACUAACAAGGAGGUGUAUUUCUAUGCAGGUUCCUACAUGCGUCUGGUAAUGAACUUCCAGAUCCAGCGGGAAAUUAACAGCUACCUUUUGCACAUCUAUUGGCCUACUAUCCUCUGCACGGUUCUCUCCUGGGUGUCGUUUUGGAUGCGCCAUGAUUCUUCUGCAGCCAGGGUGACAAUUGGCCUAGCUUCCAUCUUUAUCCUGAUCACCAUCGACUCACAUCUGCAGAAUAAACUCCCCUACGGUGCCUACAUCAAGCACAUCGACAUCUAUGUGCUUGUGUGCUUAUUCUUCGUGUUCCUGUCCUUGAUAGAGUAUGCCUACGUCAACUACCUUUACUGCAACAAACGACUUCGCCAGCGUAGACAACGCAGGAGACUCAGGAGAGUCAUUGCCCGCUACCUCUACCAUGAUGUAGUGGAUGGCCUGAUUAACGUGGAAAAAGAAGUCGGCUCUGGCUCCCUUCCCACCCGCCCUGCACAGGCUGGCCUGGCGAGCCCCGAAAGCCUUGGCUCUUUGGCGACCAUCUCAGAGCAGGCCCCACUGGCCACCUCCGAAGGCCUCAGCACACUCUCUUCCCUCUCCAGCCUGGACCAGCUGGAGGCUGGAGAAAACCUGAGCUAUCUCCCCUCCACCUCCCGGCAGGCCCUGCCUGGCUUUAAUGGUAUUAUUGUUCCUACCAAAAUCCGCGUCCGCAUCGAUGCCCACAUCUCUAUGGAGACCUGUGACAGCAAUGAGGAUGAUUCCAAAGAUGAGAGCCAUGGCCGUGGCCCCAGCAGGAGGCCCAGGCUGGCCCGUGGCCAGCGGUGUGUGCAAGAAGCAAGCCAGGACCCUGAUGAGAUUGAGAGCUUACAGGAUGACAUCAGUGUCAACAGCAGCAGCCUUGACCUGGGAGAGCAACUUGAGGAUGACACUGACAGUAUCUGGAGCAUUGAUGAGAAUCCCAUGACCUCUGACCAAGAAAAGGAGAAUCGUUCAGAGUCUGAGGACAUUUACUCCCUGAGCCCUGGGCACUCCUUCAGUGAGGAGAUCUCACCCCAGCUCUUUAACCCUGAUUUCGUCCCUAGGCUAGACAGGUGGUGCCGGAUCCUCUUCCCUCUUUCCUUUGGAUUGUUCAAUAUUGUUUACUGGCUGUACCACAUGUAUUAGUUCCCAGCGCCUCAGAGUGGCAGGAACACUUUGCUUUGCUCCCUUCACAGUUCUGUUUGGUUUUGUUUUUCCCUCUUUCUUUUGAUCAUUUUAUUUGGUAGUUAUCAGUUCAACACUUCUCCUUAUUAUCAUGAGGUGGAGAUAGUUAGACCAUGCAUGCUUUGACUGGUAGGGAAGGAAUUGAGGAAUUAGGAGUCAGUAUCUCAUUGAUUUCUUUUCUGACAAGAAGACUCAUACCUUGUGAAACAUUUCCAACAGUGGAUAAGCAUAGCAAAGCCCCUGGAAAUGUUUAGCAGACAGAGAGGAGCCAAGUUGGGGAGCAAAGGAAGGCAUUGAGCCUUGCUCCUAAACAUUGCUUCGGUCUUUCUUUUCUGCCACUUUUAGGCACUGAAAUUUCUUUUUCAUUACUGCACUUUUUUGUUUCUUUUCCUUCCGAGGGGCCAUGGCCCUUGCUCACUCUUUGCUUAGGGCUGUGUGUGAGAAAAUUAAGUUGGGUUGGUCUGGGGUUCUCAGGGGAAGAGCUAGCCAUGACUUGGAAAUGCAGGAAACUGGCUGUGACAAAGUCAGGAAGUAUUUGCAAGUGCCCUUUGCCCAUGACUGUGGGUUGUAUUUUGAGCUUGGCAUUGUGUUCAGAGGGGAAUUGGAAGGGGGUGGCAGGAGCUUGUGGCAGGCAGGGGUGAUGUCAGGUUAAAGAAUGCACCGGUUCAGCUGGCCACUUUGGAGAGAUUAGAAUUUAUUCUCUUGCCUGUAUCUCUGCUUCAGAAUGCUGGACAGUAGGGACUCAAAACUUCUGUCAAGUCAGGAGUUAGCUUUCUAUGAAUUGCUGAGUUGCUCACUAGUCAUGGUGUAAGCUCUUGGUGAAGAGCUAGGAAAGUACUAGGCUAGGAAAGUUCACACUUGCUAUUUCACCAUCUGAUUAGAAUAGCACAUGAACAACUAUUGUAAAUCUAUAUACUAACCCUUUCUAUUUGUCUAGCGGAUAAUUAAGUGUCAACGAGCUCACUGACCCAUCACAUCGUUGGAACCUCACAGGAGCCCUGUGAGCAAGGGAAGGCAAAGCACCUUGUCCCCAGUGUCCCAAGGAAAAAGUGGAACUCAUAUAUCAUGCUUAAAGACACUUGCUUUUCCUCCCUUUCCUCCUAACUCUCAAUUGAAGCAGUCCCCUUUCUUCCCUCCCCUUUGCAAAAUGGGGUGUGCUGGCAGAGCCUGCCUAGCUGUCGGGCUGCCCACCUUGUUCUACAGACCUAGAGCACCUUGGCAGGAAGAGGCCACUGAUCUGCCAAUGAGCAUGAACCAAGCAAGUGGAGAGUGUGGACCCUGCCCACCCUGCUGGGCUGACAGAAGUAGGCUUAGCCCGCACACCAACUUGCCCAGCAGCAGCAGCUUACUGAUGGAAGCCAUGAGGGAGUGAGAUUCACAAAGCACUCAACCUAUGUUCCUCUUCCUCCUUAGGCAGCCUCUCCUGCAGCCCCUUACCUCCUACCUGCCUACUCUCCAAACUGUGCUUCUAUGUCUGUGUGUGUAUAACUGGGGUGAGUGUGUAUGCAUCAAAGUAGCAGUGUGUACAUAUAGCCAUUUGAGAAGCUUAAUAGCACUAUAUCUAUUAGUGUAAAUCUAUUACUAUUUGUGGAAGUGAAUCUACAAUGUACAGAUACAUGUGCCUGUGUACACAUCCCUAUGAAUGUGUGGCUUUCGUGUGUAUUUGCUUGUGUACACACGAGUAAAUAUUACAUAUGCGUGUGCAUAGUAAGUAUAUGUCUAUUCUUAUCUAAUUUGAAUUGGAGUGAGGGAAAGCAUGCCUGUCGAUGGCCCUUCUAGAACUGCCAGAAUUCCUUUGACCUGUUUACACAUAGAGGAGGCCCUGUUUGGCUGGUCUAGUUAGUUGUUUCUUUCUAAUUGCCCUGUUUGAGGGAGCAGGGCCUCCACUCCUUACCCUCCCUCCAAGCAUCUGGACUGUCUCUUGGAUACAGAGUGAUCCAGAAGUGAAUGUAGCUCUAAGAAGUUGUAAUAUAGUGCCUUGAGGUAGGAAGUGCUCACUCCAUGGGAUAAGCUAUGAGUGCCUAGAAUUUUGCUAAUAUUUCAGGGUGAGACCCUGAACAGUGCAUUGGGAAUAUAAACACAGUGCAGAUCUGGGUGGGAGGGCUAGAGAACUGGAGAGGAGGAGGCAGAUGCCCUGUAGAGCCCAUCCCCUUAUCCCAAUCAUUGUAUAUAAGCCUGAUGCAUGUGGGGCGGUUGGCAGCCGCAGACCAGUAGACAAGGUGAGGAUAUGCUCAGGGGAUUGGCUGCCAACAGCUGCAUGCUGAGAACCAAAGGUGCCUUGGACUGUGGUAGUGAGCCCAUUCAGGAACAGAAAGCACUUUAGUGACCCAUUCUAGGGUGGUUGUUGGCUGCUGAACUCCAGUGGCAGGCCCCAAGUUCCCCCUUGAAUUUGGAGUUCCAGAAAUCUCUACUUCCACCUCCUCCAGGGAGAGAGUCAAAGGAAUGAGAGGGAAAUGCAAAGGAGCCUCAGGUACUGACUGCCUAGAUUAUAGCCAGCUUAUUCUCUUCUACACAUAUAGCACAGAAGCACAUAGGCACACUCAUGUUCACACACAUACACCUUCACACAUGCAUGGGUACACAAACGGGGCAAUCUCCCUCAUCAGUGUAUGUGGAUACAUGCCCAGAUGGUGUACAAACCCAUAUGUGACCAUGCCUACACACACACACACUCACACUCACUCACUCUCUCUCUCUCUCUCUCUCUCUCUCUCUCUCUCUCUCUCUCGUAAGACAAUGAAGAAAAUGCAUGCUGUCUCCAUAAUGUCUCAGAUUACCUCUUCUCUUUUGGUCUCCUUGCACAGAGAGGUCCAUGUUGAAGGGAGAGCACUGCCCCACAUCUGUAGUUCCUGCCAUGCCUAUUGAAAGACUAGCUUCCUGGAGCCUACAAGUUGGUUAGUUGACUUGGGUUUGGGCUUCCAGGAUCCUGGAGGGGCUUUCAACCCUGUGGCUCAUGAGCAGUUCACUGGGCUGAAGUCAUAAAUGGAAAUUGGAGCAGUGGGGGCAAAAAGAGGCAGUGAUACACAGGAAGGCUUCACAGUAUAGAGGAAAAGCAAAGAGGCCAGUUGUAAAUAUCCAUGUAGCUAGAUUUAUUAUACUUUAAAAAAGAAAAGCUUGCCCUAACAUGCUGCAAUGAGAGCAGUCGAACUCUACUGCAAUUUGUACCCUGCGAAGUGAGGUGUCAAAGUGAGGUGGAGGUCUGGUAAUGACACCUUUUCAGGAACUUCAAUCUUCUGAGUUCGCCUUGGCUUGGGUCCUUCUAAUUGACCAAAACUUGUCCUGCAAAUUGCCAGAUCUCCCCUUGCCAUGUCUGUGUGUGCUCUGUUGUCCAUGUCACUGUUGAGCCCCAUCCUCUGCUAUCUCCAGCUGGCUGCCUAUGUCCCUUCCCAAACAUCCCUCAAGACCAAGUGCAGAGCAUUUGCCAGGUGUUUCUGGGAGUCAGCGAAUCAAAGAGCGCUUGGUAAUUUGGAAGUUUGGGCAGAGGAAAAGACCUUGCUGAGUCUGGAAUGGAGCAACCCCACAUUUACUCCUCUAUGCACCUGUCCUUUCUCUUCUUCCCCUUAGAACCCCAGCCCCAGGAAGAUGCCCCUGUCUGUCUCCCAGUGCCCUGUUGUGAGGAUGUUUGACACGUUUCCUAUCAAGUUCUCACCACUGCGGGGUGACUUUGCAGAUGUAACAGAUGAUCCGUUGGGUCUUAAUGGAGCUUGUCAAAUGUAUUCUUACAACUUGUGUCAUCUGGUUAAUAGCAAGGCUGCAACCUCUGCACAUUUAGAGCUAAGUUUUGCUGAGACUGUGGCCAUUCCUAAAGAAGUUUCUUUAUUCUGUAUAAACAACACCUAAUCCUUUGAGCUAUUAACUAUUGAAUGCAUUCACUAAGCUCUCUACCUGCAUGCCACCCUGCUGGCUCCUCCACGGCCAAGCAUCAAAGGAAAUUGUGUCUUGUCAUACUGAAAGUGCAGUGUAUUCGUGAUUGUUGUACAAUGUCCUGUGUUCAAUAUGAAAUAUAAUAUUAUAGGUGUUAGGUUUUUUUGGGGGGGGUUAUCUCCUUAUAAAACGUCCUAGUUGGUCAGGGUCACCUCUGUGGACUGCAUUUGUGUGAGACUUGGCACCCACUGUCUUGCCAGACUGCAUGCGCAGGGUCAGUGCUUAUCAGCAAAGUGGAAGCUGCUGGAAUUGUUCCUGAUAUCGGACAGUGCUAGUGAGUAGCAAUCUGGAAGCAGAUGAAUUACAGACAAUCACACAUGCAGGUCUUUAGUAGUUCUGGGCCCAUGCAGUGAAAACCAAGAAAAGAGAAGAAGGACCAAGACCCAGGUCCCUUGGUUGGCCUGCCCUACAGAGGGACAGGGAGCAGCAGAGCCUCACCGUAUGGCUAGGUGCCCUUUUUGGCCUCAAAUGUAUUUUUUUGUAUAGGAAAGACCCUGACCAGUCCUGAUUUUAAGAAAGUAAAACAUGAAGAAAUAUAAAAUUGUUUCUGAAAGAUAUUCUGGAGUAAAAUUUUGUAAAUAGUAAUGGGGAAAAAUAAAGAUCAACAAUAAAAAAUA